AUGGUGAAUAAUGAAGGUCGAACAACACAUUCAACAACAACGCAGUUACCAUGAACGGAUUACGAUGCUUAUGGUGUAAAAAUAGCUAUGAAUGAAGAUCUUCUUGUACAAGCUCAAAAUGCCAAAAAUCCACCGACAUUUUUUAUUCAAUUUGCACCUUACAAUAAUACAGAAAAUUCAUCCCAAUGUUCCAUUAACUAUUCUGAUAUGUUAGACACUUAUAUUUAUUGCGUUGCUGUCGGAAAGAAACCGAAUCAAAAUCAAACACAAUUUUUCUUUGCUGGGGAACUGAUCAACAGUCGUAAUGGAGCAUUUAUUGGCGUCGCCAAGUACAAUCAGACAAAUAUUGAUGCGAAUGUGUCAAACUCCUGUGCGUUGAGUUUCUCUUACUCUCUACAGUAUCUAAUUAAUUAUGAACAUCAAGACUACUAUGUCAUUGGUGUUGAACCACAAGGUCGUUUUGCCUAUGGAUUUUCAAAUCAGUUUGUCUUUAUAUUUGAUUCUGCAAAUGGCUCAACCUUGGAAUCAUGGAAUGGCAACUUAACAUGGCCGAAUAGCUCUUUUAUGCCUCAUGCUGUUGAUAUCAGUAACAAUUUCGGCAUAAUUGCAGGUUUCAUUCAAAAUGAUUCACAUGAAAGGGUCAAAUAUAGUCCAAUCAUUUAUUUACUUAAUUUUAAUUCAUCAAAUCGUCAUCCAAUUGUUGUUGAUCAAUAUAUGCCAAUAGCUAGUUCUGGUACAUGGCAAGAUUUAUUGAGCAAUUCGGAUGCGAAUAUCUAUUCAGCAAAGUAUGAUAUGUCAAUUAGUAUUAAUAGUCUUGGUGAUGUUUUAGUUGGAAUGCAAUUUAUCAAUCGAGUCUUCUUAUUUUCAAUAAAUAUUUCCAAUCCGAUGCAAUUGUUUUAUAUAAGUAGGAAUACCAACGGUCGAUCAUUAGGUAACGGAAAAAGUAUAGCCUGGUUAGAUAAUGGAAAUAUCGCUGCUAUACUUGUCAAUACCUAUUCACUCAAUUAUCAGUGGUCGUCAUCUCAAAUCUCAUUCUAUGAGAUGCAAUCAAGUAUUUAUAAUUCCAACAGUACCCCUCUAUCAAUUUUUCCUAACUAUCAUCAAUUAUUGCCAUCAAUUUUUAGUCCUGUAUUUUUAAAUAUCGUUUCAUCAUCAACGUCACUAACUCUAAUGGAUGAUAAUGGCAAAUUAUUAAUUUUCAUCGCUACAUCAAAAGGUUUCUAUCCAUCAAUACCAGCAACGGGAUCAGUACCACUUAUUACAUCACCACAGCCUUGUCUGCCUGGUAUGUACAAAGAUCAAGUCGGCAUUAAUGAUUGUAUCCUCUGUCCGACUGGUACAAAAAAUCCGGGUAAUUCUACUAUUAAAUGUACUUCAUGUGCAUCAGAUGCAUUUUGUCCGCUUGGAUCAGUGAGUGAAAUAUCUCAAUCUGCAUUGGAAACUAUCACACAAUUAAUUGCCUAUCCAAAAUCACCUGAAAGUACUAUAUUCGAUGAGGUUUUAAUUCAAAAUAUGUUUCAUAUCGGAUCGGGUCGUUGUCUUUUAGUAUCACCUUUAUUUUGGACAUUAGUCGUAGCUGGUUUAGCUAUUCUGAUUGUGAUAGGUAUGAAAAUACUGAAAUGUUUUAUCCGUCAUAGAACAUAUGCACGAACAAAAACUCGAAUUCACAGCAUAUUUAAAAAAACAGAUCUAAUUGGAGAAGGCGAACUAUGGGUCGGUGGUUUGGCAUCAUUUUCUGUGGUGGUUCUUGUUUGUUUUGCCUAUGCAUUUAGCAAUGCCUAUUACAAUCAAUAUCCUAUUGAAACAUCGACCGAUUCCUAUUUUGCCUGUGAUCUAUCGAUUCGUAAUGCUAAAUUUCAAACAAGUCUUCAAACACUAGGAAAAUGUCAUAGUCCUUCUCAAGAUCACUGGCUAAAUUGA